GAGAACGGGGGUUGGCUCCUUCCCUCCCUCCUCCCCUACCCCGGUGAGAGUGGGGUGGUAGGUGCGGAUCAUAAUUCCCACGUGGUGCGGAGACUUGGGUAGUCUGCUUUGGUCCUCGCUGACUUUCCGGACUUGUGGGACGGCUGCCUGCAGGGAUGCCGAAGAUCAAGUCAGGGGCGAGCGGCCGCCGCCGGGAUCGGCAACUACAGCGCAGCGAGCUGAAGAGCGCUGGAGGACUCAUGUUCAAAACGGGGAUUGGGCAGCACAUUUUGAAAAACCCUCUCAUUGUUAACAGCAUUAUCGAUAAGGCUGCCUUAAGACCAACUGAUGUUGUGCUGGAAGUUGGACCUGGAACUGGCAAUAUGACUGUUAAGUUGCUAGAAAAGGCAAAAAAGGUAAUUGCCUGUGAACUUGACCCAAGGCUAGUAGCUGAACUGCACAAAAGAGUUCAGGGCACACCUCUGGCCAACAAGCUUCAAGUAAUGGUGGGUGAUGUGUUGAAAACAGAUUUGCCAUUCUUUGAUGCAUGUGUGGCAAAUUUGCCUUAUCAGAUCUCAUCUCCUUUUGUCUUCAAGCUGUUGCUGCACCGUCCUUUUUUCAGAUGUGCAAUACUUAUGUUUCAAAGAGAGUUUGCUCUUAGGCUUGUUGCAAAACCUGGAGAUAAGUUGUACUGCAGACUCUCAAUUAAUACACAGCUGUUAGCACGUGUGGACCAUCUAAUGAAAGUUGGGAAGAAUAACUUCAGACCACCACCAAAAGUGGAAUCCAGUGUUGUAAGAAUAGAACCUAAGAAUCCACCACCACCUAUCAAUUUUCAGGAAUGGGAUGGCCUAGUAAGGAUCACCUUUGUUAGGAAAAACAAGACAUUGUCUGCUGCAUUUAAGUCAAGUGCAGUACAACAGCUAUUGGAAAAAAACUACAGAAUUCACUGUUCAGUCCAUAAUACUAUUAUACCAGAAGAUUUCAGCAUAGCAGAUAAAAUACAGCAAGUCCUAACCAGCACAGGUUUUAGUGACAAGCGGGCCCGUUCCAUGGACAUAGAUGACUUUAUCAGAUUAUUACAUGGAUUCAAUGCAGAAGGUAUCCAUUUUUCUUAGGUCUGAAGACAGAAUUUUUCAAACUCAAAAGAAACUGGAAUUAUAUGUUUUUAAUAAUUUAAGAAGCUGAAGUAUGCUCUUCUCCAUUGGGACACUAUUUUUUAUUUAAUACUACUGUUGUUACCAGUUAUUACUCUGAAUUUCUAAGGUAGUUAAGUAAGUCAAUUUAAGUACCCAAGUUUUUUUGGUUUGGGUUUGUUUUUAGUAUCUUACAUAGGCCAGGGACCGAUCUAUACACAAUAUUCUUCAAGUUCAAAAGCCGCAGACACGCACAACUAUACCUUUAAACUUACCAUUUCUAACAGGUUAUUUUAUGAAGAUGUUACUCUUCUAUUUUCUGUUAUAUAUUACUCUGAGGACCUUAGACUUUCAGCUCUUUAGGCCUUUGUCCCUCAGGUGUAAAGUUAAAAUAUGCUUAACUGAGUCACAUAUUCCCCAUACCAUUUCUUGUUAUUCUUGUGUACAGCAAAAACAAUUUUCCUAAAAUGUUUUAAUUUUGUUCUGUUUAUCCUGCACAACGUCUGUCAUUGCUUACCACUUUAGCUAGCCUGUAACAUCAGCAUAUUUACUUGGGCUCUGGGUAAGCUUGCGUCAGCUACUGAGGCCAUCUGGUGGCAGACAUGUUACUUCUGAGCAUGAUUCCUUACCUGUAAAAUGAGGAUGCUCAACUACAGCGUGAAAUGAAUUAUAUGAUUUUUUUUUCGUGAGGAGACAGUCAUAGGUUUAACGAAAUUUCCAAAGGUUUUGUAAAUCAAAACUCUCAGUCAUUUUCCUGCAAGUAUUUCUAUAGCUUCUGGAUAAUUACUUUUAAGCUAUUUCUGAAAUGUGUGGAUGAGAAUUUCAAUAAUUGUCAUAAGCAAGUCUUAAUUAGCUACUAUGUUUAAGUUAUUAUCAAUGUAAUAGUAAUUGUUAAUGCCCUUUAUUAAAUAAUUAUAAAUAAUGCUGGUUAUUUUAUUUACAUAAGGA